CUGCAUGUGGUUAAGAAACCAGAUGGGCCUGAACUCUCUCAAUAGGAGUUUUGGAGAUACUGAUCAGGCCUAUGCUACACAGAGGUUCCUCUCAGCUGUGGGUGAAUACCAUGUUGAGGAAGGAGAAGAAGACUUCAACCACAAUGCUACCUUACUCUUAAUUGAAUGCAUCCGUGACAGAUUUGACAAGUUUACAUCAUGUAGGCAGGAAAGAAAUCAAGUGUACAGGGAGAUCCAAGAAGAGUUUAGAUCAUAUGGGUAUAACUUAUCAAUUGAAAAAAUACGGAGCAAAUGGAAUAAUCUUGUUACAACGUACAAGAGAAUCAAAGAGAGGCACAAGGCAGGGCUUGCAGGAAAAAGAGUUUGGGAUUAUUUCCAGGUAAAGUUACCUCCUUUAUUAUAA